GCUCAAUACGCUAUAAGACGAUCUUAAGAAUGAAUACCGACAUAUGAAUACUGGCUUUAUGACUGCUUGCGAGGAGCAGCGAGGAGUCCGCUGGGAGCAAAGAACAUCCAUGGCACGCAUAGUAAUGCGGAGUAAAAAGGUGGGGAGAGGGUCAAUCAGUGGAUGACGGAGCAGAUUAUUUCAAGUCCGUGACAGUUGGAAAACUAAAGAAAUUUGUAAUAGUCAAUCCCGCCAGAUCCCGCGCUGGAGACUUUCGCGGAACACAGUGGGACGGGGUGUUCCUCACUCAAGAGGUUAGCCCAGUGCGAUGAUCUUGGGUCCUGAUUCGUGUGACGUCAACUAUCUCGUAACCGAAUAUUAGCGGACUCGAGAAGCGAUGGCGACAGGUAAGCGACGUAGCAUCCACACGUCGUCCGGAAAUGCUGGUGCGUCCGGUUACGCCGGUAGCGGGCCACGCUCGACCAGCCGGAUGAACUUCCGGCCGAGCAACGCGCAGCAGGAGGACCGUGGUGGCACCCGACCGACCGCGGCGCCGAGCUCGAUCGGUCUCAUCCUGGUCACCAUGCUACUGCAUGUAUGCAAAAAGUCGCUGCUGUUCGACACCGGGCUCAAAGUGGCUCUCUACUGCGGCACAAUAUUCAUGGUCUCCUUGAUCGCCGACUUCGUCACGAUGCCGCGCACUUACUUCUCUAGGUCCGAUAACGCCCUGAAUCAGUACUUCGUCAAGUGGGGCUGGGGCUGGCUGCUGUCCGUGAUCGUGCCCUGGAUCGUCCUGUCGGCGCACACGCUAGGCUGUGGCCGUCGACCGGUCCUGGUGAGGCAUGUGGCCCGCAUCGUACUUGCUACUGUUGCUUGGUUCGUCUGGACGAAGCUGUUCAAUUACAUUGAGACUACCUAUGGCAGAUGCCUAGGCACCCGCGACAUUCAAAUGCAGUCUAAAGCCAAGUGUCUUCAGUCAGGUAGAUUUUGGAGCGGUCUCGACAUAUCCGGACAUACAUUCAUCCUCAUCUACUCAAGUCUUAUCCUCGCUGAGGAAGCCUCUUCCUUCGUGGGAUGGGAAGGUAUCAAGGAUCUGAUAAUGCGGGAGGAGCACACGCGAUCUGUGCCGAACGAAACUAGCACCGGUCCAUUGCGAAAUCUCUCUAAUGGCGAUCUGGAGUUCCUGAAGAAGGCGCACCGGGCACUCACGCCGUAUUUACGUGGCCUUUUCGUGGCGAUGACGUUGCAACAACUGCUGUGGGACAUGAUGCUAGUGUCGACGAUGCUCUACUAUCACAUCAUGAUUGAGAAAUUCUUGGGUGGUAUAGCUGCAGUCAUCACAUGGUACGUCACGUACCGAUGGUGGUACAAACUACCAAGAAUCGGCCUGCCGGCACCUGGCGACGGCCUCUUCAAGUACAACGAGAUAAAGACGAGUCCAGAGGUCAGCGCCAGGGCCAGACGCAGUACAUUGAAUGGCGUCAAUCAGCCGAGGUUCAUGGGAAUGCCGAUUAGAACACAGGAGACCACAGAACCAAAUCUAUCACACAGGCAAACGGAUUUCGACGUACCUAUCUAAAGAGGGUAGAACUGUAUCACCCUCGACGAACUGAUCGCUCUUACGUCGGGACUCUUGUUCUCUUGGUACUUAAACGUUUGAUGGUCGCAUGGGAUAGAUCAUCUUUUACACAGGGACUGAAUUAAUAUCCGGAUAACACUUGCAAUGCCUUAUAUUUAUGAAAUUGCCACUUUUUGAUACUUCAAUUGAAACCUUGUACUGAAGUAAUUAGUAUGAGUAAUCAAGAUGUAAAAUAGCAUAUUUAAUAUAUAUGAUAUUUAAACAAGUAUCCGGAUAUAUGGCUCCCUUAUGUUUGAGUACAAAGGUUUGAACAUAAGAACUGUACAAAAAUAUGUAAAUUGUCUGAAGGAUACGUAUGGAUGCCUUCCUUUGAUUUUUUUAUAUGUAAAUAAUUUUAGAUACUUGCAUGUGCAAUGGGAUAUCUUCGAUUUAGGGCAUCCCGGGUAAUCAGGUUCGUCUAAACAAAGCAAUUGCGUACUUUUAAGUUAUUUAUAAUUUAUCUAUGUUUUUAAAUUAUUUAUAACUUAUAGGAUAAUAAUAAAUAGGAGUAUGUACCUGUUUUUUCGGUUUUGCUGGAUUGUUGUUAAGAAGAAAGACACAUUUAUUUGAUCUAUUUAAAGUUUAAAGUCAGUGUCUUCGGUAACACUCUUCUGAAUUUUGUUUUGUUACUUAUAUUUAAUAAAGACUGUUGUUAACAAAG